AUGCCGCUUUCCAUGAUGACACCACUCACCAGGCCGCCUUCACGUGACCUGGACGCCAACACCAUCGGUCGUUCUCUGUCGCGUGAAGAGGCGUACCAUCUGGCCGACACAGCCCGAAGAAAGUCGUCGAACAGAGUAGUGUGCGACGAUCUUCGGCUCAAACUCAGCCAUGUCCACCUGCUAGACAUGCUGCUGCAGGAUCUCGCCCGAACAGAGCGGGAACUUCAAACAUCCCCCACCGAGGAGAAGUACUUGUUGCCAGAGGAGAGGAAGAGAUCGAAGAGGACGCCGCAUACGACAUCUUCGUCAUCUUCAUCUUCAUCGUCACCGUCACCGUCAAGGUCACCGUCGCCUUCAGCAGAGGUGGACGAAUAUGGGUUUCCUCUCGAAGAGGAAGACAGCGAGGAGGACCUCGGUGGUCUAGCGCUGAUGAGGACGGAGUCGAGACGACCCAUGAGAUGA